AUGCCUCAACUUCAAGCUAUUACUUCGGCUGCAUCGACGGUAUUGUCUACAAAUGGAAGAGUGUUUGAUAAUAUGGCUAGAGAGAAUGGAGAGGAAAGAUUUCAAGAUGUUAGUUUAGAAGAAAUUCUAUAUGAAGCCAAGUUACAAAGAGAAAGGGAAAAAUCUACGGAAUGGGGGGAGGCUGCUCCAACUGUUCCGAUGAUAAAUCUUAUUAAAACCAUUUUCAUGGGUAAGACCAACAAAAAGGAACCAACAGGACAAGACAAAGAAAAACCAACAGGCCAAGACAAAGAAAAGAAUGUGGUUCUUGAAAAUGAGGUAACUCAAGAUUUGAUUUCAGAACCAACUAAUACCAGUAUCGAUAAUGCAAAUAGAAUGGUAAAGUCUGCUUCUUGGGGCUCAGUCUUUUUUUUUAAUUACAACUGA